GUACAGUACUGUACUUUGCCCAUUACUUCACAACAUAACAAGGUAUAUCAAAAGGUCAAUCAAACAUGGCUUUUUCAUCAUUUGCUGAAGGAGAAUCUGAGCCUUGGGCAACUCCGAUCGCCACAUCGGUACCCGAGCCAACCGUGGAGUCUGCUCUCGAGAAAGAAAAGGUCAUCAAGGACAUCUUGUCCUUACGUGAUGGAUUGCGAGGGUUGAUGGUGAGGCUCUCUGAAGUGGAGGAGGAAAAUGACAAGCUGGCCAAGGAGAAUGAAACUCUUAGCCUCUAUGUGGAAAAUCUGACUCGCAAUUCUGUUGUUGCAGCUGGUAACAAAUAAUAUGCUGUGAAGGCAUAUAUCACUUCAAACGCUUUGACUUGCUCUACCAUACUCCUGGAUCGCUGCGAUAUGAUUCCCGGAAGGAGUUAAUAUAUGUGAACGGCGAGAUCUUCCAGUGCAGCGGUUGUCGCAGUGAAGGAGCGCCAAAGAUAGAUAGGAGCGGUUGGUAUCUAGAGUCCGCUGUAGCCAUUCGCCAUGAAGGUG